AGCAUCACCAUCUUCUCCUUUCGAUUAUCAAACCAAAUGGCGGAUUCCAGUGACAGUAGUAUAGAUCCCAAUGCUUUAGCUCAGGCCGGUCUUUUUGACGCAUCUGCACUUUUUGGACCUUCCUCUCCUCAAGGGCGUGCAAGUCCUAUUCAAAGUGAUCAUUCUUUCUUGACUUCAUCUACAUUCAAUGAAACUGCUGAUCUGUUAGGUAUGACUGAAGAGUAUCGUAACUUGGCAUCAAGAAUCAUCAGCAAAUCAACUCCAGAGAACCAGUAUGAAAAUUAUAUUUGUCUUUCAACAUCCAUACUUCAAGCUGUGCGGUCUAGACCGUCAAACUUAGAUGAAUCCACUGUAAAUAAACGACAAAAGUUGUCAUGGGAGCCAAGCGCUACAUAUGUGGAUUGGCUCAACGCAAUCACUUGAGAGACCCUUCUCAGUGCAAAAAUCACAUCAUACAGUGAUUCAGUGAAUGCAGAUCCCAUUGAAGAUUCUUUUGACCGACUCAUCUGGGAGGCGAUCAUGGCACAAACCGAUUCUUUUAAGCGUUCCCACUUCCCAGAAGGAUUUGGAACUACAAGUGGCUCGGGUGUUACCUCAACUGUGAAGACACACAUGCAAAACCAUGCAAUGAAAAAUGCAAAGGCUGAAUUACGAAUCAAGCUCAUGAUUGGUGUGCUACCAAGGGUUAAUGUUGCACCCACAAUCCCAGUUCCUGAGAUUAACACAAUACACCUCAAGGUACAUAACUACUGUGUUGAGAAAUCAAAAG